GUCCUAUCGUACCCUCGUAAUUGUUGUAUAGAUAGUUCCAACUGUUUAUUAUAUCUUUCUUUCUUCUCUUGCAUCUACUUUCUUCUCUGUUGCUCUAAAUAAUCCAAAUCACAUCAGGAAUGUCUUCCAAAAACGUUGUCUUCGAUGUCGUCGGGACUCUUGUCUCGUACGACCGUGUCUUUGCGGGCAUCGACACCCGGUUGGGCUCUCGUCUGACUGCAGAGGGCAUCAAGCCAUGGCUAUUGGGAUACACCUGGAUCGAAUGUGCUGAGCGUGAGUAUACAUAUCUCAGCAUGUCCGGCAAAUAUGUCCCAUUCGCAGACGUCUUCCGCGCCCUCUUCUACCGCAUGCUCUGGAUGGCUGGCAUUCAGGAACCGCGUGCCUUUGCAACAUCGGAUGACCUCGAGUACAUCAUGGAGGAAUACAAGAAACUGGAGAUGCGACCAGGCGCAAAGGAGUGUAUACAGAAGCUGCGCGACGCCGGCUUCACCGUGUGGGGCUUCACGGCCGGGGAUCUGGUGCGCGUGGGGGGAUAUUUCGCACAUGCUGGCAUCGAGCUGGCCGCAGAGAAUCUGCUGUCGUGCGACUCGCAGGGACUGGGAAAGCCAGAUCCAGCAGCGUAUAAGCCUCUCUUGGAUAGGUUGAUCGCGGAGAAUGAUGGAAAGAAGCCGUGGUUUGCCGCAGCCCACAUGUGGGAUGUGUCGGCGGCUAGAAGAGCGGGAUUCAAAGGGGCCUAUUGUACGAUAUGGGAGAAAGAGCCAUUGCAUGAGUUGUUUGGAGAUAUGGAUGCGAUCGAUGAUACAUUGCCAGGCAUGGCAGACAAGAUCAUCGCAGCGCAGUCGGCUGAAAACAUAAACAUGGCCAAACAUACACCCGUCCCCAAUGGAACAACUUCAUUCUGGCGAGAUUCACCUCUUCCGUUCGACAAUCACCAAUCCACCGAACAUCUGCCAGAAACAUGCGACAUUGUUGUUAUUGGAGCUGGAUACGCCGGGGCAUCGAUUGUCCAUCACAUUCUCAACCAGACGGAUGCUGCGUCAAAGCCAUCAAUUGUCAUAUUAGAAGCCCGACAGGCUUGUUCUGGCGCGACCGGUCGGAAUGGAGGGCAUAUGAAGCCAGACUCGUAUAAUGGAAUCUCUCGUCUUGCUGCAGAAUAUGGCGUUGAUGCUGCAGCUGAAGUUGCUGCAUUUGAGAACAAACACGUUCACUUUCUCAAGGACUUUGUGGAUAAAGAAGGGAUUGACUGCGAUUAUGUUGUCACCAAGGCCCUUGACGUCCAUCUGAGUGAAACUCAUUGCAACAAAGUCAAGGACGGGCGUGACCGAUUGGUAGCCAGUGGAUGCCGUCCGACCAGAGACGUCGGCUAUAUUGACACGAACGAGGCAGAAGAGAAAUCAGGAGUGAAAGGCGCAGUCGGCUGUUUCACCUACGAUGCUGGUCAUCUCUGGCCCUACAAGUUCGUCCUGCAUCUCUUGAACAAAGCCGUCACUCACGGCGUCAAUCUCCAGACCAACACGCCUGUAUCCCAGAUAUCUGCCAGUGCUGCAUCCAGUCCAUGUCGCUGGACAGUCGAAACGCCCCGGGGACCCCUGACUACAAAGGAUGUGAUCUUCGCAACAAACGCCUAUACCUCUGCUCUGGCACAUCAGUAUAAGAACAAGAUUAUUCCCGUCAGAGGCACAUGCAGCCGGAUUGUUGUUCCCAAAGAGGCUUCCGUUCCUCGCCUAACAAAUACAUAUACAUUGCGCUGGAAUAGCUGGGACUAUGACUAUUUGAUCCCUCGAGAUGACGGCAGCAUUGUCGUUGGUGGUGCUCGUUCAGCAUUCAUCCACGAUCUAGACAACUGGUACAAUGUCAGCGAUGACAGUCGGGUAUUGCAGCCGGCUGCUCGAUAUUUCGAUGGUUACAUGCAAAGAAAUUUUAAAGGAUGGGAGAACAGCAAUGCAUAUACAGACAGAGUGUGGACUGGCAUUAUGGGAUAUUCAUCCGACGGACUCCCACACAUUGGCAAAGUCCCUGGUCGCGAGGGACAGUAUAUUAUCGCGGGAUUUACAGGCCACGGGAUGCCGGAGAUCUUCCUGGCAGCAGAAGGAGUGGCAAAGAUGGUUGUUAAAGGGGUCGAAUUUGAAAGGACGGGAUUGCCACGACUCUUCGAAUCGACGCAGUCGCGGUUGGAUGAUUCUCGCAAUUCCAUACUGGAUAAUGUGCCAAUGGUUGUUCUAGAGCCACGGUUGUAGCUGCUAUCUAGUGGUACUUAAUUACCAUACACAUAGUUUACUCUUUACCGUGUCGGCAGUUGGGACUAUGAGAUGCUGAUGCCGGACAAUUACGCCAUAACUAGCACAAUCACAACACCACGAUAUUAACACCAACAGGGAUUAAUGCACGUAUUCUAAAAGAGGGGUCUGGCGUUCGGAAAUUUACCGAUAGUUGUUUAAAUACUGCAGGGGAAAUGAAUUCGUUGACAG